UAUGAUAUAUGGCCUCCAGUCCUGAAAUAGCCAAGACAGUCGGAGACAAAACUCAAAACCUAAACCACUAGUACUGGUGAAUAUUGUGGGGGAAAAUGAAGCCCAUUGUUGUCAAUAUUCUCUUCAUCGUCUUGUUCUUCUUAUUCCUCUCAUCUUCCAACAGUGUAACUGUUCCAUUAUUGGGCAGCAAAGAAAACCCAUUUACAGCCAAAGCAUCACUCCUUCGGUAUUGGAACAAACGCAUCUCCACUGGCCUUCCACCGCCGCCUUUCCUUCUUUCCAAAGCCUCCCCGCUCUCCGCCGUGGACGCGGCGUUCUUCGCCGGCCUCGCCUCUCGGAAAUCGCUCUCCUCCCGCCUCUCCUCCUUCUGCUCCGCCGCAAACUUGUUCUGCCUCUUUGACUCGUCCCCACAUGGCCGAGACGCCGACUUCGCUCUUUAUUCCAACAAGAACUUUUCUGGCUACGGAACGUCCCGCCUCGGCGGGGUCGACGCUUUCAAGAACUACUCCAAUGGCCUCAACUUCGCCGCCGGGUCGUUCACCCGCUACAGCCGGAGCUCCACCGACCACGCCGAGAAGUUCUCAAGCUACGCCGAUGACGGCAAUUUGGCUACCGCCAACUUCACCUCCUACGCGUCCAGCGCCUCUGGCGGCUCCGGCGAGUUCACGAACUACCAUCCUCGAGUGAACGUCCCGAACCUUCAGUUCACUUCCUAUGAUUCCGACGGCAACAAUCACAAGCUUUCGUUCUCAAGCUACACGGACGACACGAACUCAGGAAGCCAAGGGUUUACAAACUACGGAAAGAACGGCAAUGGCGUGCCGGCAGAGUUCAGAAGCUAUGGCGAUACUUCGAACAUUAUGGGGUCGACAUUCACCGGCUACGGCGAGAUGGGUAACGCGGCAAACGAUACAUUCAAGGCUUACACUUCGAAUGCAAACAAUCCUGUCAACAAUUUCAAGGGCUAUAGCGUUGGAGGAAAUUCUGCCAUUGACAGCUUCACAAGCUACAGAAAUGGAGGCAAUGUCGGUAGUGAUUCCUUCCAAUCGUAUGCGAAGAACUCAAACUCGGCCAAGGAGAGUUUCGCGAAUUAUGGAAAAACAUUCAACGGAGGCACCGAUUCAUUCAAAGAAUACGGCAAAGGAUCGGUUGGACACUCGAUCGGAUUUAAAAUCUAUGCCUUCAACCACACAUUCAAAGACUACGCCCGUAAAGGCGUCACUUUUGCUCAGUACAGCAACUCGAGCACGAGUGGCAUUUCCGUAAAUAGUUGGGUGGAACCGGGCAAAUUCUUCCGGGAGUCCAUGCUGAAGACAGGGACCGUUAUGAAAAUGCCCGACAUUCGGGACAGAUUGCCCAGAAGGUCGUUUCUGCCCCGGGCUAUCUCGUCCAAAUUACCUUUUUCAACCCGGGAACUACCUGAGCUGAAGCGGAUCUUCCACGCCCCGAACAACUCGGCCGCGGAGCGCGUGAUAGUGAACGCGCUGCAGGAGUGCGAGCGGCAGCCGAGCCGGGGAGAGACCAAGCGGUGCGUCAGCUCGGCAGAGGACAUGAUGGACUUCGCCACCUCCGUCUUGGGUAGCAACGUGAUCGCUAGAACAACCCAAAGCGUCAACGGGUCAACCCGAGAUGUGAUGAUCGGGAAAGUGGAGAAGAUCAACGGUGGGGAAGUGACAAAAUCAGUGUCGUGUCAUCAGAGCUUGUACCCGUCCCUACUUUAUUACUGCCACUCUGUACCAAAAGUCCGGGUCUACGUGGCGGAAAUUGAUGAUGUGGAGACGAAGUUGAAGAUAAAUGAAGGGGUUGCCGUAUGUCAUCUUGACACGUCAGCAUGGAGUCCAGGUCAUGGGGCAUUCGCGGCGCUGGGGUCCAGGCCUGGGCUCAUAGAGGUGUGCCAUUGGAUCUUUGAGAAUGACGUGUCGUGGACGGUUGCUGGGUGAUUGAUCUCUAAAAUUGGGCGGCUUUCCAUUUGUUGGAAUCAUUUUGAAUACUUUUCAUGGAAGGAACUUUCAUUGAUGGUAUUUUAUUGAAGCUUCCUGUGAUUUUGGUGAUUUUUGCACUUAUUUUUGUGUCUUAGUACUAUUUUACUCGUUCCGACUUUUCUUCAGUUAGGUUAAAGAACCUAAUGGCAUUAUAAAAGGAGAAAA